AUGCCUCACCCCCACGUAAACCAUGACGACCGCGAUACCUACGCCAUCACAUCCGCUAGAUGCGUGCGCAGCUUCGACGACAAGAUGCACAACCAGAUUCGGCCGCUAGAUGGCGAUCGCGAGUACCGACAUGCAGUGAGGGAGCGAUUCCCCAACACCGAGGUGGCAGAGAUCCGGGCCCUUCUACGGAGGAAGUGCAACAAUGAGAGCCACAAGAAUGAAGAUGGAGGUGUAGGAGGCGGACAGCAGAGCAGAGAACUUCCAAUCCCAAGCCAGGAGCAGGAUGCAGCUCUGUCCCGGGGCAGCGGCCGCUGCAAGUGGUUCAACAUGCGGCUGGGCUUCGGCUUCCUGUCCAUGAGCAGCCGGGACGGAGCUGCUCUGGAGCCGCCGCUUGACGUCUUCGUCCACCAGAGCAAACUGCACAUGGAGGGCUUCCGCAGCCUCAGAGAAGGUGAGGCCGUUGAGUUCACCUUCAAGAAAUCAUCCAAAGGGCUGGAUUCUGUCCGGGUUACCGGCCCCAACGGAGCACCAUGUCUGGGCAGCGAGAGAAGACCGAAGAGCGCCCAGAAACGACGCUCCAAGGGUGACAGAUGCUACAACUGCGAAGGGCCCGGCCAUCAUGCCAAAGAGUGUCAGCUGCCCCCUCAGCCCAAAAAGUGCCAUUUUUGUCAGAGUGUUUCCCACAUGGUGGCCAGCUGUCCACUCAAAGCGCAACAGCAGCAGCAGCGGCAGCAGCAGCAGCUUUUGUCUCCAAUAUCUCAGGGAACCCCUACCUCACAGAGGGACCAGGAAGAGGAAGAGGAAGAGGAGCAGAGCCAGGCCACCCUCAGAGUGAACCACUGA